AUGUUUUAUUCUCUAUUCCUGGGCCUCAUUCUUUUGGCUGGUGCUUUGGCAGCACCAGCUGGCGAAAGCGGACGCGGCGAUGAACCGCCCGCUAGCCCUGCCGUCCACGGCAAUUCAUCUGUCCCGGUUCUGAUAGGUAUGAAGCAAAAGAACAUUGAAAACAUGAUGGACUAUGUGUUGGAGGUCUCGGACCCAACUUCAUCUAAAUACGGCCAACAUUACAGUCAGGCGCAGGUAGAUGCGCUCUUUGCCCCAGAUGAGCAAGCGAUCAAUGCUGUCAAGGACUGGCUUGUCAAGUCUGGCAUAGCCGCCAACUCCAUCAACUUGUCGCGAAACAAAGCGUGGGUGCGAUUCGAGAGCACCGUCGACAAACUCGAGUCUCUCCUUGCAGUGAACCUUACUGCGUCAAAGAAUGCCAAACGCGACACGAACGUUGAGUUCAAGUUGCCGUCGCAAAUCUCGUCGCUAGUGGAGUUUGUGCUGCCUUCUUUCAACACCUCGAGCCACGCGGCCGCGGGCCGUCAGGCGAAGAACCCCGGCCGUCCGUCUUUUAAACCGUUUCGAGGUUUCGUCGAUCCCGUCGCGACAGAUAAGUGUAACGAGGUUAUCACACCUGCCUGCAUCCGAGCAAUGUACCAGAUUCCAACAUCAAGCGGCGGCGCUCCAGUUCAGAACAAUGUGCUUGGCAUUUUCGAAACCGAGGGAGACUACUACAACCAAGCGGACCUGGACGAGUUCAUCUCUAUAGCUGCUCAGAACAUCACGGGGAAGCCCAAGCCACUCAAAUACUUGAUCAACGGCGCAACGCUGGACGAAAGUCGCGACGACGCGGGCGGCGAGUCGAAUCUCGAUUUUCAAAUGGCCGUACCCAUCGUCUACCCGCAGCAGACGGCGCUGUAUCAGAUUCAAUAUCCCAAGUACGGGCUGGAAGACUUCAACUACAUCUUUGCACAGUUCCAGGAUGCACUCCUCGGGCCCUACUGCGGCGACAACGGCGACCAGGGCAGCGGCGUCGACUGCAACCAAUACCCGGUGCCCAGUGUGCUUUCUGUAUCUUGGGGUGACAUUGAACCGCUGAAUGCACCCUCUUCCACGAUUGACCUUUACAAGCGCAUGUGCAAUGAAUGGGGGAAGCUUGCGCUGCAAGGCACAACGGUCGUUUUCGCGACCGGAGACCAUGGAGUGGAUGGCAAUGGCAACGACAACUGCGACCACGACCAGCGCUUUCUUGUCGACGGCUCGAGCGCGUGCCCCUAUAUUACCUCGGUCGGAUCUACCACGCUGCCCCAGGGCGCGACGGUAAACAGUUCCGAGAUUGCAACAACUAGCUUUGGCUCCGGCGGCGGUUUCAGCAACAUACACCCUACGCCCCCCUGGCAGAAAAACGCGGUGUCUACCUACUUCUCGCAGCACAACCCGGGGCUCCCGGCGACGUACUUUAACCAAGCAGGCCGCGCUUACCCCGACAUUGCUGCCGUUGGCGACAAUGGCUUCGUUGUCGUCCGAGGCAAUCAGGGACUGAGCGGGGGAACCUCCAUGUCGGCCCCGAUUGUCGCCAGCAUCUUCAGUCGCAUCAACGAAGACCGCAUCCGAGCGGGCAAAAGCACACUGGGCUUUGUCAAUCCGGCCCUGUACAAGGCGUAUGACGAAAAGAAGGCAAUUUUUAAUGACAUUACCGUUGGAUCCAACCCCGGGGACUGCCACACUCGCGGUUUCCAGUCAGCGCCCGGAUGGGAUCCUGUCACCGGUCUGGGGACACCCAACUAUCCAAAGCUCCACGACUAUCUCAUGCAGGUCGGCAAAUAG